AUGACUUCCGGCCUCGAAAAGGUGCGUGAAGGUCCUGAAGCCGGGGUGGAUAUCAUGUUCCUUCAUGGGCUUCGAGGAAACAUUACAAAAACAUGGACCAAAGACGGGGUUCUCUGGCCGAAAGACCUACUUCCACGAGAUGUGGAAAGAAGCCGAAUCUUCCUCUUCGGUUAUGAUAGCGGAAUAACGCAUCGAGAUCAAUCUCUUGUUCAGAAAACGGAAAUUCACAGCGAUGCGGACGACCUCUGCGCGAGGUUGGUGGCGGAACGCUCGAGCACUAAAACGGAAGAAAUGCCAAUCAUAUUUGUUGCACAUAGCCUAGGUGGGCUUGUUGCCGCCCAAAUCCUGAUUCACGGCGAGAGGAGGGAGGAGUCGUCUAAUGCACGAGCAAUCACAAGAUAUCUCCGUGGGAUGAUAUUUUUGGGUACGCCUUUCAGGGGCUCUGGUUCUGCCAAGCCAGCUGAAACAAUUCGUCAAGUGAUGAGCUUCAUGGGCAUUCAUACCCAGCAGGAGACCCUCAAGCUACUAGGCCGGGAUUCCGAGCGCCUCGACGAGCUGACCAGAGCAUUUCCAGAUGUCUUAAAUAAGCGGAGGACAUCUCAAAAUCUCGAUGAUCAGAUACAAGCUUUCUUCUUUUAUGAAACAAAGAAGACCGCCGCUGGAAUAGUCAAUUUACAGCCCCUAAAGCGAGCAUCGGCCGCUGGCCCGCCAAUCUCUGUCGUUGCCUCUGAUGGGCUUUUAGUUGACGAGCAAGAUUCACGGUCCGCAGUUGCCGAGAAAAGAACCCCAGAAACACAACACAAACAUGACACAGAAAAUGGUCCGCUCGAAGAGCAUGUCGAUAAGAAAAAUCCGUCACAGAGCAACCACGCCGAACAGGAUCAAGACGAGGAUCGUUUUGGCCUGUUUCUCGAAUCUAGUUAUAGUACUUCCCACCACAUCUUUGGUGGAAAUCUUGAUGCUCGUCGCCAAAAAGCAGAUGUUCGGGUCUUGCAACACAUAGCCUAUAUUCAGCUCGUCGAAGACCGGAUCUCAGAUCUGGAGUCGAAAGUUCGAAAGAUUUGCAAGGAGCCCCCUCCUACAUUGACUGAUAAUGAAUCCGCUCUUCCAGAAACAAUUUCCGACAUUCGUCUGCUUGCAUGGGCGGAGUUUGCCCCGCAGGUGGAAAUCAGCAACAAAGAGUCGGAUCGAUGGAAGCAUCGCGCGGAGCUCAAUCUCGACCCUAGAAACAUAAUAGAAGUUCUGCAAGAAGAACCUCGUUAUGAUCUCAGGUUUAGAAGUAAAUUCAUUCCUGCUCCCACAGUCGAACCCUCGGUAGAACCCCUUUCAAAAAGCAACACAAGCGAGACUCUCAACACGUUUUCAGUCAUUUAUCCUAGCCUCAUCCGGAUCAGAUCUAAGACUCUCAUUCAGAUUCUCCAGGAUAUUACUGGAUGUAAGACAAAGAGAGGGCCUCACGAGCAUCGUCUCCUGCUUCUUCAACCGUUCAAACUGCUGGUUACUUAUGCACCCCAAUUGCGAGAGGAGCUUCGGAAGCUUGAUAAGGUGCACAAGAAAGAUGUGAAUCCAGACUCAAGAGGUUCUCGUAACAUCUCACAGACCUACAAAGAGCCUCCACCGAAGCGAGAGAUCGGCCCAGAGAAAUUGACACAAACUAGUGAAGCUCGAGAUAAUCUGAGAUUGCUGUGCGACCUGAUCGACCAUCACUUUAAAUCGCAGGUUGGACUGGCUCAAAGUCUGAACCCCGAGAUGGGAAAAGUUACUUUUAGAGAUCUCUGGCAUAUUUUUAAGCCAGGCUCUGAGGUCUGUACAGGGGGCUCUCGCAUUCAAUUGUAUCGUAUCAUUAAGGUCACAGGUGGUCGGGAUAUAUUAUCCUUUGAUAAGCCUCCAGAGAACCAAGCCUCAGUGAAGCUUAAAGAUGAUGGGUACUCCAUGGGCUCAUUUAUCCUUGAAUGUUUCUACAUCAGUUUCGAUGGCACUAGAUUUGGUCCGGUGAAUGUCACGUUCCAGAUUCGAAAAUUCGAGGGAGAAAAAGAUAUCACCUCCUUUCCGGUUUUCCCUUUGACCUGCCAUCCCAAGGAAUUCGAAGUUAGGGAGAAAUUAUUGAGGCGAGGCGGGACUUUCGCAAAUCUAUCCAACACCAAGUCAACGGCUCACAUGAAGUACAAGGGUCCCACUUUGGAUAAAAAACGGCAGGAAUAUGUCGAUUCAGAAGUGGUCAUUGACUUCGGGCUUGCCUUCAUGCAGGAGGGUAUUCAUAGGCCUGAAAUAUCUAUCGAGAAUCUUCUGGAUGAUGACAUGCACAAUCAUAUGAUAUUAAUUCCCCCGGAAGUGUAUGGAUUUGUCUUGAGAACGAGAAGAUGGGCAACCUUCGACAUUGACCUCCUCGAAAAACCCGACUACAGCAAUGGAUGGAACAAUUUGGUGAUACACAAGAGUACAAAAGAAAUGGUUCUCGCAUUAGUAGAGAAUCACGAAAGACCCCAUGGCUCUUCUACUGGUAUUGAUAGCGCAAUGCCAACCGUUGAUCCCGUUGAAGGGAAAGGAAAGGGGCUUAUCAUUCUCCUCCACGGUGAGCCUGGCGUGGGCAAAACCAGCACGGCAGAUGUAUUUCUGAGCAAGCGAACAAGUGAUGAUAUUCAGCGCAAUGCAAUUCUUUCAGUCUUUUUACGAACACUAGAGUAUUACAGUGGAAUUCUCUUCCUCACAACAAAUCGUGUCGGGAAAAUUGACAGGGCAUUCAAAUCACGCAUUCAUCUGAGCCUCUUCUAUCCAAAGUUGGACUUGGGAAGCUCUCUUCGGAUCUGGGAAAAUAAUUUGGAAGCUUCAAAGACCUACCUGGGCAGACAAAAGCUAAAGCUACGAUACGACAGGGACGAGAUCAUGUCAUUUGCCAAGGAACACUUUCUGGUCUUGGAUAGGUCGAAGAAACUGCAGACUUGGAAUGGCCGCCAAAUUCGAAACGCAUUCCAGACGGCAGUUGCUAUUGCCAAAUAUGAAACAAAGAAAAGCGAAAAGGAAAACCCAAACUUUCAAAGUGGUAUCAUCAUACUAUCGAGUAAGCAAUUUGAGACAGUCGCUAAAAUUGCGAAGAACUUCGACAACUACUUGAGUCGUCUACACAAUGGCAAAAGUGAAGCCGAUCUGGCUAAGAGUGGGCAGAUUCGAGUUGAUGAUUAUGUCGAUGAAUCUGCUACAAAAAAACACCAUCGAGACAAGGAAAGUUCAUCGCGAUAUCGAUCACUAUCCCCGGAACGAAGUCGCCCUAAUAAACGCCAACGGCCUGAUAAGUAUGAUUCUGAUGACGGGUCUUCACAAUCUUCAGAUUCUUCAGAAUCGGGUCAUCAGUCUCCGCGAAAGAGGAAAGAUAAGAAGGGGCAUACGCGGGCGAAGUGA